CUAAAACAACCAGAGAAAGUUAUCUAACCACUGUUAAUUUGCUAGAGUAUACAACAACCGAAGAAAAUGAUCCAACCGCUGUUCAUUUUCCAGUUUCAACAACAACCAGAGAAAAUGAUCCAGCCAUUGUUAAUUCGCCAGUUUCAACAACAACCGAAGAAAAUGACCCAACCACUGUUAAUUUGCUAGAGACUAAAACAACCAGGGAAAAUUACUUAACUACUGUUAAUUUGCCAGAGUCUAUAACAACUAGAGAAACACCUAAAACCUCUGAAACAUUUACAACUCCUAAAAUAAUAGAUUCAAAAACAGCAAUACCAGAAGAAACUACAACUAUUGAACAGGAAGAAAUGUCGUUAGUUCCUAGCACUGAUCAGUUUUCUUUGAAAACUGAACACUUCACAGAAUACACAAUGACAUCAGACAAGAUCAACCUAAGUAUAUUAGAAAAUCAAACAGUAACAGAAUCUUCAGAAGAUUUCACAUUUUCAUCCAGUUUUACAAGCGGACCUUCUGAGGAGGGAAAAGAGUCACUUUGAUCUGGACACCAAAGAACACGACCGUGAUAAGAAGUGACCCGGCAACGUUUUUUUGUAAACUUAACACAACUGAGAUUACUGAUGUAACUUGGGCAAGAAACGGCGUGGAACUGAUACCAACUCAAGGUACUAAAGACAACGAUACUUUUCGGAUCGUAAAAGUGAAAAACGGCUGCGUUUUGCGUAUUUUACGAGUGCUGUACGACUGGGAUGAAGACAGGAUAUCGUGCGUGAUUAGAAAAAAGGGCCAGAACAAAACUAUUAACGUUGACUCCUGGAUUAAAAUGGAUCCCAAUCCAACCUGUGAUUUCCCAAGAAUAACCUUCCAUCCUCAGCCAACCAAAGUGGUCAAAGCUGGAGGGAACGUGACUUACAGCUGUAAUGCAAAUGGAUAUCCGCCACCGAAUUUCUUCUGGUUGAAAGAUAUGGUUCCUAUUCCAACAGAAGAGCGAUUCAAUGUUGAUAUUCAUGGAAACCUGACUAUUAAAGACAUUGUAGAGAAAGACGGAGGGAAGUAUGAGUGUAUAGCCGAAAACGAAAAAGGAUCAAUUAUGUCACGUGGUUCACAUCUUUACGUUGGAGCGGUACAAGUUCCUCCAUACUUCGUGGAGCGUCCACCUUCAAGGGUCAAUAUUAUCUAUAGCGACAACCUAACAUUGGAGUGUGUUGCCGGCGGUGAACCCGCGCCCACUGUACAAUGGAGAAACGGCUCCAAAGUUCUGGUUGAAGGGGAGUAUGAGGCUGUAUUAAACGUCAAGGGGAUUUGGACAGAGCAUACGUUGACCUGUUUUGUCUCGUCUCCGCUUGGAACUCUCACUGCUGACACCAAAGUGAUAUUAUCACGUUUUCACGAGACACCAACACACCUGGAAGCUGUUCACGUCAAUCAGACAUCUGUGACAAUUUCGUGGCGAUUCAACAAAGAAAGAGAAACGUUCCCUCCAACACACUAUAUCAUCCAGUACAAAGAUUCUUAUUCUACCCGGUAUUUAGAAGCUACAUCGACAAACUUAACUGCUACGAUAUCGAAUCUCACUCCGUUUAAUGAAUAUGUUUUCUACGUCCUAGCUGUGAACAAACUUGGUUUUAGUGAACCUAGCGCCCCGUUGACGGUGAAAACUAAAACAGGAGUCCCUGCCACUGCCCCGCAAGAUGUCCAGGUACGGGUGGACAGUGAAACAACAGUAGAAUUGUCAUGGAAACCACCCAGGGAAGCGAACGGGAUAAUCCAGGGUUACGAAGUGUUCUAUACAGACAACAGCUAUUUACCACUUGACAAUUGGAAAAAGAUGACAGUCCGUGGAGCUACAGUUUUCCUCGCCAACCUUAAACCACGAACCAAAUACUUCGUAGUUGUUGCAGCCUUUACUUUGGCUGGUCGCGGUCCCCUGUCGUCUACCAAGCACUUUGUUACUCAGCUGGACGCUAUUCUAUUCAAAUCCGAUUUUGAGUCUGAAUACCAUGGCUGGACAUUUGGAAUCAAAAGCAAGGUCAACUGGACACGACAGUAUCUAGGUCGAGAUGAAAAUCAGCGAGCUGGACCUGUAGGGGAUCAUACAAGCGGAAGUGGUUUCUACUUCGCUGUCAACACACUAGGUCAAACCAGGGGCGAUUUGUCUUAUUUAAUAAGUCCAUUGAUUGAGACCACUAAAUACCCUUUUGUUUCCAUCUCAUUCUGGUUCCACAUGUUUGGUCAUCACACAGGAUACUUGCGCUUGCGCUUACUGAAGAAUAUGACAGAAGGAGAAAUUUUGUGGAGUGCAGUGGGAAAUCACGGUGAUAGGUGGUUAGAAGCAAGAGUUGCCAUUGGUGGAAAUUUUCCAGUUCAAGUUGUUUUUGAGGCUGAAAUGCGCCAUGGGUCUGUUGGAGUCAUCGCGUUGGACGAUGUUACUGUAGAGGGCGGUACUUACAAGCCUGUGCAAGAUCCAGUUAGUUGUGACUUUGAGGAAGGGUUUUGUGGUUGGAGCUACAACCACGUGACAGACUCCACCUGGAUCAUAAAUCGUGGAUCUACUUGGGAGCGAAGAAUUGAGAAGAAAACUUUUGGACCUGAUAGUGACUCAAAAGGAACAGGAGGAUGGUAUAUAUACGUUAACAAAUUUCAAGGCUCACUGCAAAAGGCUGUCAUUUUGAGCAAAGAGCUAAAUCUGGCUGUUGGGGAAUUUAGAUGUCUGAGAUUCUGGUACCAUCUUCAUAGUUUGUAUUCUACUAACAUUUAUUUUACUUCUCUGGCGGUUGAAUUAUGGGAAAAUAACACUGUCAAAGAGCGACUGUGGGAGUCUUGGGGCACUCAUGAUGAUCGAUGGCUCAAGGCGGAAGUUUCAAUCUUGGGAGUUGGAAGACCUUUUCAGAUUGCAUUCAAAGGAAAUACAACCUCUAAUCCAACAGGCACAGCAGCCUUGGAUGAAAUUUUAAUUGACAGUGGAACCUGCUCAGAUGAUUCCACUGCUGUUAAUUGUAGUUUUGGCUCUGGAACUUGUGGCUGGUUUUUGGACCAUCUAGGAGUUUAUGUUAGCUGGAGGCUGUGGCGCAGUAAUGCUGGUGGUGGAAGCUUCCGUCCUCUCUUUGAUGUUGAUGGGGAUGGAUAUUACUUGUACAUGAGUGUGUACAGCCAUCGUAGCAAUGACUACACUCGUAUUGUAAGUUCGAGUAUCAGUGUAAAUACAGGGGAAACCAGGUGCCUUAGCUUUUGGUAUUUUCUUCAUGGACCUGAUGUAGGACAGUUACAGAUCUAUUUACGGUCAGAAGAAGGAGUGGACACGCAGGUUUGGAGUCGCAAGGGUAACCAUGGAAAUCGUUGGCUCCAGGGAAAAAUUUUGCUAACUAUAAGUGUGAAGGUUGUUUUUGAAGCAGUAAUUAGUUAUAGUGCCAAGGCAGGAGAUAUUGCUCUUGAUGCUAUAUCAUUAACUAAUGAUUCAUGUAUAGAAGAAUUGUCAUCGUUUUGCGACUUUGAGUAUGGCCUGUGUGGAUGGACUCAGGGAGUGGACAAGAUCACCACAAAUUUUGUUCUGCAACAAGGAGCAUUAACUACACACCCACAGUUUGGACCACAGUGGGAUGAUAGCUUAGGUGUGAGACUGAUAAAUGGAUGGUAUGUCUACAUGGAAGGCACACAAAGAAGAAAUGCUGCAGGCCACCAGGUGGCAUCACUUGUUAGUUCUUGGCUGCUCUUUAGUGGCAUAGAUUGUCUUCAGUUUUCAUACUACAUGGUAAAUUCCAAAGAUAUCUUUCCUCAUGAACUAAAAGUGUAUGUGACUAACUCCCAUAAUAACAGUGUUGGAGUUCCAGUAUGGACAACCUUUGGUCACCAAGAUCAGCGAUGGAUUCAUAUUUACAUUACUCUGAAGACACCACCAUCUUCUUUGAACAAGGUUGUUUUUGAAGGCAUUAAAGGUGCCGAGUCAUUUCCUACAUCUGUCGCUGACAUUGCUUUGGAUGAAAUUAACGUACUAAAUGGAGCUUGUGUCAAAGAUUCUGUUACUGUGAGCUGCACUUUUGAUUAUGGAUUGUGUGGAUGGACUCGUUCACAAGAUUCCAAAUUUCAUUGGUCAGUUCAGCGUGGUGCUGCCCAUUGGAGAGCUUCAAAAAACUCUGGACCAUAUAAUGAUCACACCUACCCUUGUGUCAGUCAAAACAGUGAAGAUGGAUACUACUUGGUUACAAAUGCUGCAAGCUCAUCAAAACCAGGUGACACCACAAGACUCAUUUCACCCAUAAUUUACGCAAAGGUAGAGAUGAAAAUGUGCCUUAAGUUUUGGUACCAUCUCCACCAAAGCAACUCCUAUGGAAAGCUACAAGUGUAUUUGUGCAGAGGUUCUAACUGUGGAACUACUGUUUGGAGCCGAUUUGGAGCACAUGGAGAUAGGUGGAUGGAGGCUUCUAUUCCAUUGUUCCUAGAAAAUGGCACAGAUACCCAGGUGGUUUUCGAGGCUGUGCAGAGUGACAAUGGUUAUCAGUUUCACAUCGCUAUUGAUGAUAUUACAGUUGACAAUGAAUUGUGUGAAUAUGACCAGCAAGAGACUGAGCUUUGUGAUUUUGAAAAACACAUGUGCUGGUGGCAGCAAGGGUCAGAUGAUGGAACUAAUUGGAUAAUGCAGCAGGGUUCAACUAGCCUGGCUCCUGGUCCAAUGUUUGACCAUAAACAUUUGCAGUACAAGGAAGGUGGCUGGUAUUUGGCUCUAAAACUUGCUUCCAAGCGAAAUGCUAGGAUUUUUUCACCACCCCUGACUGGCACCAAGUGCUUCCGGUUGUGGUACUACAUGUACAGAAAUGGUACCUUCAAAUCUGAUAUACAUGAGUUAAGCAUCUAUCAAUAUGUGCCUAAAACUAAAGAACGCAACUUACUGUGGACAAACUGGGGUGACCAUGGUGACCGCUGGCUAGAAGCCAGUAUAACUUUUCCAUCUUUAGAGGACCCAUAUCAGAUUGUAAUUGAAGGUCAUGCAGUUAAUAAUCAAAGAUACAUUAUUGCAUUAGAUGAUCUUGAAUUGAAACCAGGGGCUUGUAUAUCAGAAUCCAAACAAGUAGAAUGUGAUUUUGAGGCUGGAUCAUGUGGUUGGAUCCUGGAUUCAUCAAGUACUGCAAACUGGACUGUAGCUAAAGGAGCUAUUUCAGGAAGUGCAGGCCCACAGGCAGAUCAUACCACUGGAGCUGGUGGCCGUUAUGCUGUUUAUGAAAGUCCUGGCAAUUCCUGGACACUGUACCAAGGUCUGCUUCGUUCACCACCUAUUGUAGCUAAGGAGAAUGUGUCCAGUUGUAUCCAGUUUUGGUUUAGUAUGUUUGGGCCAUAUAUGCAAUACUACAACUUGACUGUUCACUUAGUAAGGAAUGGUCAACUCUCUCCACCUGUCUGGAGUACUUGGAGUAACCAUGGGAAGAAUUGGCUGCUGGCAGAAGCUCCUUUGUUACCUCCAUUUCCUGUACAGGCUGCCUUUGUUGUUCAAAACUUCUAUCACAGCUAUGCUAAAACGUAUAUCGCACUGGAUGAUAUUAAAGUCAUAGAAGGAAAGUGCUUUGCAUAUUCCAUCAACUGUACAUUUGUUGAUGGUAUAUGCGGAUGGAAUCGUGGAGGAAGUGGAACUUUCCGUUGGGAAAUGGAAAAGGCCACUUGUCACCAGACCCGUAUAGAGAAUUGCAAAGAUGAGUUUUACGUUGUCACAAAAGGAGGUUCUAAAAAAGAUGACAGAACAUGGUUAAAGACUCCUGUUAUUAAAAUUGAAGAUGGUGUCCGAAAGUGUCUAACAUUCUGGUAUUAUAUGAAUGUUCAGUCCAAUCAGUAUUUGGGAGUUUUCUUUGAGAAGCUGGAUGGCAUGAAACAGCAACUGUGGCACCGUUUAGGAGAGCACGGAAACCGUUUCAUGAAUGCAAAGAUUUCUUUGGAAGGUCCUUUAGAAGGCAGGGUUUUGUUUGAAUCAUGGAAAGAACAAAAUGGACGUAACAUUGAUAUAAUUCUAGAUGAUGUGGCUUUAUUAGACUCACUGUGUCCAUUAAUUGAUGAAAUUGAUACAAUUGAUUGUGACUUUGAAGACAAUCUAUGUGGAUGGCAACAAGAUGACAAAGAUCAACUAAACUGGAUCAUGCACAGUGGGUCCUCUCCAGUUGGUAACCUAGGUCCUCCAUCUGAUCACACCAAAGCUGCUCUUACUGAAGGUGGUUGGUACUUGGAACUUCGCCGAUGGACAGCUGUUGGAGGAAUACUAUCUGGUGGUUUGCAGAGCCCAACUAUUCAUGUGCCUCGAGAAGAUGAUCGAUGCUUGGAAUUUUGGUAUCAUAUGGCUGAAGCUAAUAUCCGUUAUGAUUUUCGUUUUGAUGUAAACUUGUUGAAUAGAAAUGGUUCCAUUGCAUAUAAGCUGUGGGAGGAAUGGAGUAAUCAUGGGCGGAGAUGGUUGAAAGCUAGUAUUGGUAUUAGAGGACCUUUUGAAGGAAUGAUUCAGUUCCUUGGAAGUGGAUACUUUUACCACAAUGACAAAAAUAUUGCUUUGGAUGACAUUAAACUGUCAAAGGGAAAAUGUAAAAACAACAACAGAAACAUCAUCAACUGUACUUUUGAUAAUGGUACGUGCGGAUGGUUGACUAACUCACCUACACUUUGGCGUCUACAGUAUUCUGGUGUUGUAAACUCUAGUAUCCCUGGAGGCAACUUCUACAUUCAGCCAGUUGGAACAACAGACAAACAGAUGCUUAUUUCACCUUCUGUCUCAACACCUCUAGGUGAAGCCUUGUGCUUUACAUUCUGGUACAGAAUGGUUGGGUACUCAAACAUUAAACUAAAUAUGGGAGUUUUGUAUGCCAAUGACACAUUCAAAAUUUUGUGGUCCAGGUAUGGAGAACUUGGGAACUUAUGGCUAAAAGCUUCUAUUACUUUACCAGGAGAAAGUAAUCCAUAUCAAAUUGCCUUUACAGCUUACCAUCAAGGUCUCCAUGAUGCAUUCUGGCAAGUCACGUCUCAGAUUAACCUUGACUUGUUGACCAUUACCGAUGGUGUGUGCUCACAUGAUACUUCCAAAGACCUAAACUGUACUUUUGAAAAUGGAUUUUGUGGCUGGAGAAACCGUGAUGAAACACCAGCUCACUGGGUGUUGCAGUGUGGCUUCCAAACCAAGCUAAAACAGGGGCCCUACUGGGAUCACACUUAUUGGAAUCAAAAACCUUCUAAGGUGAUUUUUGAAGGACCCAAAUCAAAUAUUACAGAUACCGUUACUAUUGCUAUUGAUGACAUUUCAUAUACUGAACAGGCUUGUGAGAAAGGUAAAGGUUACCAACAUGAUAUUAAGAAGAAUUUGAAAAAUAGAUUAUAA